AUGCUUCAUGGAAAUUGGCAAUCAGCUAGCACUUUCGAAAUAAAAACGCGAUUCCUCCAGGAGCCCCUUCGUGAGGCAAUUUUAAAAACGCUUUCCGCGAACAAUGAACCGUAUGCUCCGAGCAGUAUAGAAUUCGUCUACCCGAACGCGAUAUUACCGCCUCGUGUACCGAACACACACGACCCCUUUGUCUUGGAAGCCCAAGAGAGCGACAUAGAGUUCACCCAACACACCGAAAGUCUUGACGAAGAAUCAAAAAUCAGCCAAUGGACCUGGGCAUAUGAUAACCAAGGCAAAGGGGACAUUCGUGGAUUCAAGGAAUCGAUUCAAUACGUUCUAGAAAUACUCCAUGAGCAAGGUCCUUUUAUCGGUGUGAUCGGAUUUUCAAUGGGCGCAGCUCUUGCUGCUCUGAUUGCGUCUUUGUUGGAGCCACGCCGGAGACCGAGUAAUUCACAUUUCAAUAGUUACAAUAUACAACAUCCGCCGCUGCAGUUCGCAGUAUGCUUCAGUGGCUUCAUGCUUUCGCAGACCCAGUACAGAUAUCUUUACUAUCCGAAGAUCGAAACGCCAAUCCUCCAUUUUAUCGGCAAGCUUGACCCCUGGAUUUCUGGAUCGCAGACAUUGAAACUGGCAAGAAGGUGUCGGUCUGCCAAGGUUGCAUAUUUCAUGGGUACUCAUUAUGUUCCACGCACUAAGGAAACUGUCAAGAUGCUAGUUCAGUUUGUGACUGAUGCUUGCGGUGGAGGAGAAGGCGAAAGCAUAGAAAGCCUUGAAAGUGAUUGGGUGGAUAUCUAG